UACAUUUUUCAACAUUUAAUUCUAUUCCAAACAUUGACAAGAGUAAUAAUAAGUUAUACUAUGACUCCAACGAAGUUAUUGAAAUACCGGAAGGCACUUAUGAAUUGCAAGAUAUCAAUGAUUAUUUAAAAUCUGAAAUUAAUGAUGCAUCAAUAAAACUACAGUGCAAUAACAAUACUUUAAAAACGAGUAUUUUUUGUACAAAAGACAUUGAUUUUAGCAAAGAAGACACUUUCAGAAAACUGUUAGGAUUUAAUAAGCAAAUUUUAAAAGCAAAUAAAUGGCAUGUAUCACAGUUUCCAGUCAACAUUUUACCUACGACCGUGAUCAGGAUUGAAUGUGAUAUUGUGAGCGGCUCAUUUAUAAACGGCGAACCAAGUCAUAUUAUUCACGAAUUUGCACUCAACGUGCCGCCUGGAUACAGGAUCAUAGAAAUCCCGAAGAACGCAAUAUACUUUCCGAUAAAUCAAAACAAUAUAAGCUGCAUUCAUAUUAGGCUAUUAGAUAUAAGAAAUCGCUUAAUUAAUUUACGUGGUGAAGAAGUGCAACUGUAUUUGCAUUUUAGACGAAAAAAUGAUUGACUACCAUAAAUAUGCACCUCAUCAAGUUAAAAACAUCAGUUCUACUCGAGCUACCAACCAUAUAAGACCACGCUCUAAGAAGAAAAUAAAAUUAACCAAAGACAACAAGGCAUUCCUUAAAGCAAUUGGAUUGCUAAAAUGAGUAUUUUGGACGUUUUAUCAGCUCCCACUUACGACACUACUAUUGAAGGAAUAGAAUUUCAUUCUUACAAACCGUACGUAACAAGUUUUAAUAGAAACGAUGAAAUACGCAUACCUAUCAAUCAACAGGACCUGUAUAUAUUACCAUCAGCUAGCACUUUAUAUUUAGAAGGAACCGUCAUAGUUAGCAAAAAGGACACGAAAGACAAAGUUACUAGUGUUCAUUUCACAAACAAUGCUCUACUUUACUUGUUUCAAGAUAUUAGGUAUGAGCUAAAUGGAGUUGAGAUUGAUAAAAUAAAAAAUGCUGGUAUAACUACAACCAUGAAAUCGUUAAUAUCAAUGAAUGAGAGUGAAUCAAAGAUCUCUAAUGCCUGGGGUUGGAAUAUCGAAGGCAUAAAAAAUGUAAAUGGAGGUAGUUUUUCAGCUUCUAUACCCCUCAGUAACAUAUUAGGAUUCGCAGAAGAUUUUAAAAAAGUUGUGAUAAAUAGCAGACACGAACUGAUAUUGUUGCGAAGUAACACUAACCUGAACGCUGUAAAACUUAGCACCGGCGAAAUAGUAGAUGACGUUCAGAUAAAUAAAAUCAUAUGGCGCGUACCGCAUGUUAAAGUAUCAGAUAAAGAAAAAAUUAGUUUGCUAAAAUUGUUAGAAAAAGAUCGCCCGCUUCAGAUGGUAUUUAGAAAUUGGGAUCUGUACGAAUAUCCAGCUUUACCUAAAACUACAAAGCAUACAUGGUCCAUCAAAACUUCAUCUCAAAUAGAAAAACCAAGAUACGUUAUUGUGGGUCUACAGACCAAUAGGAAGAACAGUGCAAGUUCUGACAUGUCUCAGUUCGAUCACUGCAAUGUUCGUGACGUAAAAGUGUACCUCAAUUCAACGUAUUAUCCAUAUGAAAGUCUUAACGUGAAUUUUGCUGACAACAGAAUUGCUUUGUUAUACGAGCAAUACAUCAAAUUUCAACAGUCGUAUUACGGUCGUCGUCCAGAACCCUUGUUAAGUGAGAAACAGUUUAAGGAUUUAGCACCGCUGUUUGUAGUGGAUUGUUCUAGACAAGUGGAUAAUCUGAAGACGGGUCCUGUUGUGGAUGUAAGAGUAGAAAUUGAGACUGAUUCAGAAAUACCGGAUAAAACUGCAGCUUAUUGUCUUAUUCUGAACGACUGCAUCGUUGAAUACAAACCAUUAAGCAACAUCGUAAAGAAGAUAUCAUGAACGCGGAUAUCAUCAUAGUUGACCUGCAAGGAUUCAAGGAUAUUCAGAAUAAUUUUAUUGUGAAAGAAAUGGCUAUUGUAAGUCAGGAACAUACACAGACAUUUUUAGUAAAACCACCAUAUUCGUUUAGAUAUUUGACUGAUGAAGAAAAGAAGCAAGUGAGAUGGUUAGAAAGAAAUCGAGGAAUUUACUGGAGUGAGGGCUUCAUAAAUUAUAAAGAAUUUCAACGCGUCAUCGUACCAUAUCUAGAAAAUAAAAAAGUUAUGACAAAGGGUUUGGAAAAAAUUCAGUGGAUUGAAGAACUGUGUAUAAACUGUAAAGUGAUUGAUAUAGGUGAAAAGGGAUGUCCGAAUAUUUGGACAUUAAAGAGAACAUUUUGUAAAAAUAAAAAUGACUAUAACUGUGUGCAUCAUAAAAUGAAUUGUGCAUUAGGUAAUGCUGUGUGUAUAAGAAAAUGGUAUUUUAAUAAUAAUAUGACUGUAUUUGAUUUAUUUAGAUAAUGAUGUAGAUUAAUAUUAAUGUGAUAGACUAGGUUAAAAAAAAAAAAAAAAAAAAAAAAAAGUUCAAGUUAAACUACAGACUAUCAUUGUUGUACAGAUGCUGCUUUGUGUUAUUAUUAUAUUUUGUUAGUUAUUAGCUUAGUUUUAAAUGACUUUAUUUAUCUUGUACAUAUUUAAGUAAUGUACCUAUAUAAUAUAAGAGAACGUAUUAUUAAGAUUGUGUUAUAAUGAUAAAUAAUUAUAUGAUAGUUAUACAUUAAAUAUGUAUAGAUUGUAAUGUAUGUAGAUAGAAUAUAAAUAGUUGUGUGUUUAAUUUGGUUAAUAUUUUGAUUUGUUGUAGUUAUAAAUAAAAAUAAUUCAUUUACAUAAAA